CGCGCCCUCUUCCAUACAAAUCGAGAAACCUGGCCGCGGAAGGUUUCUCUUCUAAAUAUAUUUUCGGAAAAUUCGCAUUUUAUAUAAGAGUACCGCUGUAUUUGUACGUCGAUAAUUGAAUGUGUUCAUCGGAUAUCAUUUACUGGGAUUAAGGCUCUCUAUGGCCUGUUAAAGUGACUAAAAGUAGAACAGUGCCAGAUACAUUAGUAGGGAAAUCUAGUGCGAGGUUUCCAUUCAUAAAUCUAUCAUUUGAUGGUCGGUCGUGACGACACAAUAUCGGCGCAUAAUUAAAAUUUAUCGGUGAAUUCACAUCGUUGGCUGGAACAGAGUGACCAAUCAAUAACAGCGUCACCGUUGAAGGAGUAUUCGUCGAAAAAGCAUCGGAAACAGGCAAAAUGGCGACCGAGGGCGGACUGGCGCCUGCCGGCGACGGCGAGAUGCCCGUGGGCGGGCCCAAGACGCCCCAGCAGAUCGCCGCGCAACGUCGCCUCCAGCAGACACAGGCGCAAGUUGACGAGGUGGUGGACAUCAUGAAAACAAACGUCGAAAAGGUGCUGGAGCGUGAUUCCAAGCUCUCGGAGCUUGAUGAUAGAGCAGAUGCACUCCAGCAUGGCGCAUCACAGUUUGAGCAACAGGCCGGGAAGCUGAAAAGCAAAUUCUGGUUGCAGAAUUUAAAGAUGAUGAUAAUCGCGGCUGUGAUCGGAAUCGUCAUCCUGGCUCUGAUCAUUGGUAAGUUCCCUACCAACCUUGACUCUACGGCACAUCACUGUAUUAGACUAAUCUUAAUUUUUCAACAUUUUCAGCCAACUGUGUGUGAACAACUUUGGAGCAGUUUCAUUUAGAAGUAACUUGUUAUAAUGUUUAUAGUAUAACGUUAUUUUAUUGCGUUAAAACUAAGCCUAGUUUGGUAAGUAGGCGUCUUGUCGUUGUUGAGUUCAUGAUACCUAAAUGUUGGCUUUAUCUGUCUGUCAUUUCGUAAAACAUGUUUCUGACAAAUAAUGUGUAAUGUCAUUUCGAUAUCUUCUAUAUAUAUAUAUACAUGGUUAGUUUGCUAUUCAAAUUU